CUCUCUCCGGGGGCUGCCCGGGCUGAGCUCUUUUACAACUUCAGUUGCGGAGUGUGUGUGUGUCUCCCCCCCACUCCCCAGUGUAAUCUGAGCAGCCCCUUCCCCGAAAAAAAAGAGAAGGCAACCUCGUCACCCGGAGAUUCCCUGCGACUCCCCCCCCCCACCCACCCAUUUCAUUUUUCUUUGGGGAAAUUUCCUCUUCUUUUGGCCGGAGGAGAAGAGCGGAGACUUUUGGGGACGCCUUUUUUUUGGGGGGGGGGUGUUAAUUUUUUUUAUUCCCGCCUCCACCUUCCUGGAGGAGGAGGAGGAAGAUGAGGAUGGAUUUCCUGGCGGCUUGGCGGGACCCGGCGCCCUCCCACGCGGGCAAGCGCCCCGCAGAAGGACGGACCUUAAGCGAGGACUGAGCGUGCAAGAGACAUGGGACAGCGGCCACCGUCGUGCCCGGGAUCUUAAAAGCGCGUGCACCGAUCCUUGGACUUAAACUGUCACCGAUAUUACUAUUAUUAUUAUUUGGAUUUUUAUUUUUUUUUGCAACCGGAGCGAGCGCACAACACACACACACACACACACACGUACGUAGAGAGUCACCCCUGCAAAGGCGGCGUUGAGUGCGGUUUGCUGGUUCCGUAACUUCUGGGAAAUCAGCAUGGACAAAAAACAAGAUCCCAAAGGAUCUUUGGAAAAGCGAAAAGGUGGAAACAAGAAGAAAAGGCCCCCCAUCUUACGAAUGCCGUCAGCUAAUAAACAGCCAGCUGUCCCUGCAACACCUCCGAGGAACUUGGAUUCCAGGACUUUUAUCACCAUUGGAGAAAAGAACUUUGAAGUUGAGGCCGAUGACUUGGUGAGCAUCUCCGAACUGGGCCGAGGGGCUUACGGGGUGGUGGAGAAAGUGCACCACGCGAAAAGCGACACCAUCAUGGCUGUGAAGCGGAUCCGAGCAACCGUCAAUACCCAGGAGCAGAAGAGGCUUGUGAUGGAUCUGGAUGUCUCCAUGAGGACGGUGGAUUGCUUCUACACGGUCACGUUCUACGGAGCGCUUUUCAGAGAGGGUGACGUAUGGAUCUGCAUGGAAUUGAUGGACACGUCUCUGGAUAAAUUUUAUAAGAAGGUUCUGGAGAAGAAGAAGACCAUUCCAGAAGAUAUCCUAGGAAAAAUAGCCGUGUCUAUUGUUCGGGCUCUGGAGCAUCUCCAUAGUAAAUUGUCGGUGAUUCACAGAGAUGUGAAGCCCUCAAACGUCUUGAUCAACAAACAGGGCCACGUCAAAAUGUGUGAUUUCGGAAUCAGCGGGUACCUGGUGGAUUCGGUGGCCAAAACGUUGGAUGCCGGCUGCAAACCUUACAUGGCGCCUGAAAGAAUCAAUCCAGAGCUAAACCAGAAGGGGUACAAUGUGAAAUCUGACGUUUGGAGCCUUGGGAUCACUUUGAUCGAGAUGGCCAUUCUCCGUUUCCCCUACGACUCCUGGGGAACUCCCUUCCAGCAACUUAAACAGGUGGUGGAAGAGCCGUCUCCCCAGCUCCCAGCCGAUCGCUUCUCCAAAGAGUUUGUUGACCUCACCACCCAAUGUCUGAGGAAGAAUCCUGCUGAACGAAUGAGCUACUUAGAGAUGAUGGAUCAUCCCUUCUUCACUCUCCACGACACCAAAGUGACCGAGAUGGCUUCUUUCGUCACGGAAAUCCUCGGGGAGGACUCUUAAAAUUUCUCCCCCACCGUCUCUCCCUCCCCUCCCCUCCCCCCUCCCGACCUCGCCCAUCGUGCCAAAUAAACUGGAGUAGCAUCGCCUUCCUUUCUCCCGGCGGGAAGAACUUGAGGCAGUUUGGAAAUUUUUCUUCGCAUUACCGGCGGUUUGCACAAAACAGAUCGAAUGUCUUUCGUCGGCCACGUCGCUCAGCCCCCCAUUGAACCUCCUCUUCCACGUCUUCAAAAGAGAGAGAGAGUGGUGGGUGUGGCGGCUGGGGUAGCCCCCCCCCCAUUUGGCUGCGCGGAGAAAUCUUAAUUUCGGAGCGCCGUUUGCGGGGACCUGAGGUCGGUCCAUGAAAACACUUCACUGCCCUUCCUAGCUGCCAAGGUCGAAUUUUUGCGUGUUCCCCAUAGUAAAUCUCCCCCCCCCUUCCUCAAAAAAACGACACCCCUCUGCAACUGUGGACAUUCAGAAUUUUUCUAGACAAUGCAAAACUCUCCAUCCCCCCAUCAAGAGAUACCCACAGAUGACGCUGCUAAAAAGAAGAUUUAUGUCGGCUUUUGAAUGCUUUGCAAUUUCCUCUCCCCUCCCAAAAAAAAAAUUUUUGUCUGUAGAAAAUCGAGAAGGUUUUAGUAGUUUCUGGAAGUAGGUGUUCUGUCUUUUUUGCAAUUCUCUUUCUCUUUUUUUCAAAACUCUGCAGUUUUUAAAGUUUUCCCUCGAUUUUAGCAAAAUUUAAGAUGGCGGAGGAUUUUUCAACGCCCAGAAUUCUUCAAAAGCACGCUGCUGGCCUGGGUGGGGGGAGUUCUGGGAGAUGAAGUCCACAGAUUAUAAUGCUAAAAAGCUAUUCUGGAGGAAAAAAAUUCCCAUUUCCCUCCCCUUCCCUCCAAAAAAAAACCCCCUUCUGGAAAGAUUUUACAGCCCAAUUUUAUGGCUCCUGUCGCUGGAUUACAAAGUUCCUACCCACCCUCAUUUUGUCGCCUCUUUCCAAUGUUUCCCGCAACAAAAUUCGUAUACGACGAUGACAUUUGCUGCUUUCGGUUUUGGCAACCCCAAAGAUCACACGUCUUUUCAAAACUCCCUUGUGCUUUUUCAACAUUCAGAUGUUUUGAUGUACGUUUUCACCUUUUAAAAGAAGCCCCCUAACCCCAAAACGUUCAGCUAUUGUGCGGGGGGUCUCGUCUCUGGAUACAUCGCUGGAGGUAGAAAAUGUUAAUUAAAAAAUGAUGUAGCCCCCCCCCCUCUCCCCAUUGGGUUUCAAGAGAUGGAUUUAGGUGGCUUGCUUGAACUGCAAUGAAAUUGGGAAGAAUUGUUGAAGCGGUGAGUUGAUUCCUCAAAUCUCGUCCUUUGCUGGAUUGUUGGAAGUAGGAAGUUCACCUAGAAGUUGAAGGAUCUACCUUACCUUAAGUCCAGACUUCCCCACCACUCCUUAGCUGCAAGACGGGUCCAUCAGAAGCUCACCUCCCUGUCCACCGGCCCUCCACAAAAUCUAGGUUCUGUACAAUUUUGUUUUUCAAAAGUUUAGCCUGCUGUGUGAAUUCAACGGUGAAUGAAUUGUCCAUGGUUACCUUCACCAAGUCCAAGCUUUCAACCAUCACAUUGAAGCUGAUGAGAUUCUGACCCAAGAUCUAUCCAUCAUGGUUUAGGAGCUACAAGACCUGGAUUCACACCCGUGCACCACAACUUGGCUUGUGCGUGGAGUUGGCCAUGCAAGAAGCAUGGUGAUUGAUGGCUUUUUCUGCCUGAUGGAGAACAUCUGGAUUGAUGUGCUUCUUGCACCGAGCCCACUUCUGUUGGAUAAUCUAUAUUUUUUCUUCUGCAGGGGAUAAAAAAAAACCCUAGGAACAUUGGUGUGUGAAUGAUUCUUAAAAGAGGGAACCAAAUGAAAUAUUUUUUCCUCGCCUCCGAAGAUCUCUAAACAAUGUAGAGAAUUCUUCCAUUUUGACAGAUUUGCUUGUAGGAAAAUGUUCUCUUCCCUCCCACUAUCCAAAAGCAAAUAUUAUCAGUGGCUUAAUUCACACUUUUUGUUUUACGAUAAAUUCUUUCCCGUCCUCCUCCUAGCCCCCCCAAAAAACGAAAUUAUCUUUAAGUGUGUGUACAUGUUUGUGUAAAGGACGAAUAGAUGCAGGAGAGGCUUGGAGGAAGCACCAGCAUGUACAAUUUGCAGGAGAAUGUUAAAAAGCAGAAUCAAAAGAAAAAGGGGGAAGUCCAUUUUAAGGACAUUGGAAAGGGUUGCAUUAUGUCAGAAGUAUAUGAAUCAGAUGCUGAACAACAUUUAUUUUAUUCAUCCGGUCUGAAGAAAUAGCCUUAGUCAUCUCAAGCUACGACUCGAUCUCCACUCAUAGCCAUUUUCACCGGAGGUUGAAUGUGUUGCUAGUCCCUGUUGGUCCCUUAAACUAUUUCAGCCUUGGGGAUGUAAGAGAUGGGACUUGAUCCCUCCUUCUGCAAAGAUGAUUUUAAGAAUAAGUUUCCCAAAUUUCGUCAGCUUUGAAAGAGGCUGGUGAUCUGUCACCCGAAU